GUGUAAGAUAAUUACCAACGUGAGUCGUGUCAAACGCAAAGGAAACGUUAUCAUCGUUUAUCAUCCAUAAAUCUCGCCCGUAGAGAAAAUAAUGUGGUUUUAAUUCAGGAUUUAAUUUUUAACCAACUUUACUGAUCAUGACAGGAGAUGGAACGGAGAAUGAGGUGGGGGCGGUCGACAAUGGAUGGAGUGCAGCAGCAGCAGAAAGUGCAGCUGGGGAAAGACGACCUAGUAUUGGGACGCUACAGAAUUUGCUAAAGAAAGUUUCCAAAAGCCCUUUCCAUAAUCAAUACCAGUCUCUUGUUUCAUCAACCUCUGACUCCAGUGGAUCAUCUGUGAACCAGUCUCGAAACAAACAGGAAUCUGGCAACAAAGGUCAUGAAAUGGAGGAUGUAGGGAGACAAACUUCAAAAGAAGUAAACCUUGAUGCUGUUUUUGCCCCUCCACCUGAAUUUCAGAGUUCGCCUCAUGAUCUUCAGCCUGAAAUGAAGACUGCGGAAAAUGGAGCUGAAUUUUCUGACCAUCCAAAGGACCUAUUCCAGACCCUUACUCCCAACGGCAUGCAAGGCAGUUUCCAGACAUCAACAUUGGCCCAAAACGUAUCUGCAAAUGGCCAUUUUUAUGACGUAUCCCUGAACUCACCAGAUUUAUUUAAGCCAAUCCCCGCUCAAACACAGAACCUCUCUAAAACCUUGCAUUUAAAAAGCUCUGACCUGUUUAAAGAUGAAGGCGUCAAUCUUUUCCAGGCUGCUGAAGGAGAGAAGUUACUUCACACUGAACGCACUACGGAGGUAAACCCCUUUGAUAAAUCUUCCAGUAUUUUUGUAGACCCAUUCAAAUCUCCAUCAAACAUGGAGGAUAAUCUGUUCCAGUCUCCACGGCCAAUGAUGACGAACCCAUCAUAUACUGCCACGACCAAAGAAGUAGAUUUGUUUCAAACAGUUCCGACUAAAAGUGGAGAACUCUCCAACAUCAGGGAAAACAAACAAGAUCCCGCUACCAAAGAGGACCUUUUUGGCAUGUCUUUUUGGAAGGAAAAUCUGGAUGUAUUUUCAUCUUCAUCUACAAAUACAGUCGACCCAUUCCCAAGCCCAAUUGCAAGGGAUUUAUUCCAAGACCUUUCCAGCUUGGAUGACCCGUUCGGUACCACUCCCUCAAGACAAUACGACCCUUUCCAAGAUGUUUUACCUGGGACUCCAGACAUCUUCCUACCUUUUCCCUCGAACACUAAUGGCAGGGAUAUAUUUGGGAUAACCUACAGCAAUACAGCCUUUAAGGCCACAUACUCUACACCUUCACUCAACAGCCCGUCAGAAAUGAAGUUGGACAUGCUUUCGUCACCAGAUCUCUUCAAGGCAACGCCAUUGGAAUCUCAUGCAGCCGUCCAACCAAAGUCUCCCGACAGGCCACAUGCUAUCUUCUUGACGAAUCCUCAGGGAACAGAGUCUGAUCUUUUUCAGCCGAGUCCCUUCAGUCGGGCCAGGAAUAUGUGCUUGUCAACCAGACAAUCUCCAGCUGACAUGACUCAUGUGCCAACCUUCAAACGUCCGCCAAAGCCACUUCCUCGAAGUAGACCACUAAAGCCAGAAAAGCUGCGCAUGCUAGAAAAGCCACCAAAACCAGAAAGGCCACCUCCACCCACACCCGCAAACCCUGUUGAACCUGAAGCAACUGUACCAAAAGUCGCUCCCGAACCAGCCUUCAGACCAGUCCCAAAACCAGUUAUUCAACACAAAACAAAAAGUCCGGAAAGUAAACCGAUUGAAUCGGAGAACUAUCUCGUCUUUGCGGACAUCCUGUUUAUUGGACAGGAAAAGUGUGUUGAAGACUGGCCUGAAGACAGCCCUCAACUUAACCCUGACUUCAAACCAUCUGGAACAUUAAGACUGCGACGAGAAUCAAUGAAAAUAAAGGCAGACUCUGAUGGAGGAAGUGGCGAGGAUCAGGAUGACUCUGAGAGUCACGGCAAGAAAAAGGACAGAAAGUUUAGAUUGUCCAUGCUUUCCAGAAGAGGGUCAAAUAAGUUUCCUGAUGACACAAAGGAUGAGAGGAGCAAGACACUACCCACCUCUCGUAAAUCAUCAAAGGAGUAUUUUUCAGACCUGCACAUGUCUGCAGAAGAGAAUGAAGAUGAGGAGCAGAAUGGGAUGGACUAUAAGAAGAAACAUUUGAAGACCAAAGUCAGUCAGCUGCUAAGGAGAGCAUCCAUUGCUUCUUCCGUGCCAGAGGGAAAGCACACGCACGGACAUUUACGUCGGGAAUCAAAGGACGAUGACAUUAAUGAGAAAAAAGUCGGCAAAAAAAACUCCAUCAUACGCCGAUGGUCAGAGGGGACAGUUUUGCAUGACAGCACUGGCGAGGAGGGGGGAUUGGAAGCCCAGCAUGAAGAGGUUGACCGCCAUGGAUUUAAGAAGAAAAAAAAGAGGGUGAAAAUCAGGUUUGUGCCACACAGAGGAUACGCCAUCACUGUAGAAAAGGGAGCUAACGGAUAUACACCUCGCAAAAGCUCAAAGGAGAAAUCACAAGAUGAAGUUUUGGGUGCACAUGGCUACACACCUCGUAAGAAGUCCCAGGAUGAUGCUUUUGUGGAUGUAGAGGAGAAAGGCCACAGUCUCCAUUCAUCUUGCAAGACUGCUUCCAUGGACGAGGAGCACUUUCAGAAAACACACCGCAGGUCUGCUGAAUUGAGUGGAGAUGAAGAGCCAUAUGGAAUAGAAGACUGCCAUCCUAAAAAACCAACAACUAUGAAACUGCUGCACAUGGGUCGUCGAAGCUCUAAGGAGGACAUGCUAGAGGACACCAAUUAUCAGAAAAAGAAGAGCAGCUUCUCGGCAAACGAGUUAGACGAUGACUACUGGAUGGAGGACUGCAAACCGAAAACUUCCAAACAUAAAGGCCCUAUUCCCAUCCCACACACAUCUAAGACAGCCUAUGGACGGAGUGAAGCGAUUGGAUUCAACCACCAGAUUCCUCAGCAAGCAUCCAAUGAUCCCUUUGCUGAGGAUGACUUCACUCAAGCAGGAAAAUAUGUCAUGUAUGACAGGGAAGAAGAUGAAGUGGAAACCUGCAAACCAAAGAAGCCAUCUAAACUUAAAGUCUUCAAAAAACCCAAGGGCAAAGCCAUGUAUCAAGAGUGUGAAGAUUCACCCGGAGCUACGUCAAGUGACUACCUGUCAGAGGCCGCCAAGGCGGAGUGGCUGGCUGCUCAAAUGGAUGAACAGGCUAUAGCAGGUCUGGAGGAUGAGGAAGAGGACGGGGACACUGACAGUUUGAUGGAGUGGUGGGGCACUGUGGAGCAAUGGGAUGAGUUGCCAUCAGACGAUGAGGACAAAGUCCUAAAGGAGGAUGAGUCCAAGUCAUUCACCAUCUUAGCGGACAAGGUUCAUCGUGGCCUGCGUGUCUUCAACAAAAUCUUCACAGAGCGAGCUGAGGUCCUCUGGCAGUCCGUCAUCAUGCUCCACGCCAUCGCCGAUGACAUCAACAAGUUCCAUCACAAGGCCAAGAUCGCCGGCCUCACUGGUGGCACCGCCACAGCCGUGGGUGGUGUGACAGCAAUCACCGGUUUGGCUCUGUCCCCCUUUACCUUGGGUAUCUCUCUCAUAGUUACCGCUGUUGGUGUGGGUGUGGCCGCAGCUGGAGGAAUCGCUUCAGCCUCUGCUGCCAUCUCGGAUAACGUUAACAACAUGCACGAUCGGAAGAAGGUGGAGAUAGUACUGGAGGACUUCGAGGUUCACCUCCAGACCAUUGGGAAGGUCCUCCACUUUGUCAAUCAGGGCUUGUACAAACUCCGCGGCCAUCCUUUACUCAGGACAGGCACCCAACACUAUUCUGAGGACUGGGAGAUCCGCAGGGCCGUCCAGAUGAUCAGCUUAGUCGACUCGCCCGUGAUGCGGGGGGUGGAGUUAACGGACGCGGCAGUGGCCUCGCUCCGAGGACUCUUCACAGGCAUUGACAAGUACUUCAUCAAGGACACCCGAGAGUUGAAGAAAGGCUGCAAGAAAGAGGUAGUGGGUCAAAUAAACAAGGUGGCAAAUGUGCUCAAUGAUGGGCUAGUGGAACUCAAUGCUAUCAGAGAGGAGCUACAGGAUGCUACUGGAUACAUGUGAGCACCAUCCUGCAUAAUGCCACUUUGACUGUAGUUAUUCACCACCAACCCCCUCUCCUGGCAAAAUGAGGUAACUGUUGUUUAAGGAAACUUAUGAGCCCAGUAGGUCAGUACCUGCUAUUAACUAUAGGCAGUUUUAGACAUUAAAAGGGUGUAUAAGAUCUUUUUUUUUUUUUUUGUUUGUUUUUUUUAAAUCCGUUAGCUUAAGACAGCAGACUCAGGAAGUUAUAAGAAGUUAGACAAUUGAUAGGAUAGUUGUAGUUUUGGCAGAGAGGUGUUAAUUCAACUCUGGUAGCUCUUGAGGCUGUAGAUUACUCUUGUUGCAUUUGUAUUAUUCUAUGAGAUGUUUAACUACUAUAACAGGAAAGCAGACAUCUUUGAGCACUGUAUGCACUGUAUGUUCGGUGGGUAAAAAGGUUUAAAUAUAAGGUGUAUCAAAAUGUAACUUUGUGGUCACAGAUGGCUUAAUUUCACAUUUGAACUGAUUUUCAGUUUAAUUUGUCCACCCACUGUAUUUACAGAAGGACAAAUAAUAAACAGGAGCACCUUAGACUAGAAUAUGAGUUCAAUAACAAGUUUGACACAGUUUCAACAAAGGAAAUGUAUAUAAAUUCACAAAGUAAAUGGCUAUUGUAAUACACUAUUAUAUUGUCAGCAGUUCCUAUCAUAUUGUCCCAUACCUGUAUCAGAUAUUAGUAUAAUCAAACAAAUGUUAGUAAUUGAGAAUCUACAAUGACACUCAAAGUCACACUUUCAUUGCCCCAUGGAGUUUGUAACAUUUGAAUGUGCUUUUUAAAUUGGCAUGUUGAUAGUUUUUAUUCGUUAAAUUAAAGUUACUGUAUUUAGUUUAUGGACAGGACUUUGUUUCUGCACAAGUCAUCUUAUAAGGAUAUAUUGACAUAUUCACAAUUAAAUGAAUGUUGUAUAUAGGGUAAUUUAUUAAUAUAUCACUCUAUGGCCUUGCUUUAAAAUGCCAAGUAACUACACAUCUAAGUAAGCAAGAAUGUUUUGUAUCGUUGUUUUUAUGUUGGUGUGCAAGGGGUGGACGUAAUAACAAAAGUCUGACCCUGCCUGCACUGUUGAAGCUGUUGGUUGCUGGUGCAUCAGUUACAAACACUUUGGACUACAGUUUUUGGUUGCAGCUCUAUUUGUAAAGUAUUUCUGCAUUUGAAGGCAUAUGUAUAAUGAUGGCACACAAAAAAAUGUAUUUGCCAGAAUUGUUUAUAGAAAAAUGUGCGCAUGUUUUAUCUUCAUGCAGAAUCCAUUUUAUCCCUCCUCAAUCCUCCAUAUAUUCUACAUACAAAACUAGAGACACUCUGGGUCUUACCCAUACACUGUACAUGAAUGAUUUAAACCUUUAUAAUAUUCUAUUUUCAAACUAGUCAUAUGUUAAUAUGUUGUGAAUACAGAGAUUAUUGUAUGUUUUAAUGUUCAACAUUUUAGUGACCACCUCUGGUCUUACUAGAUAACACUAUCGCCUUUAUGUUGUUGGACGUCACACUGUCAGUCCAUCUUCCUGCAUUGUUUUAACCUGAACAGAAUGUAUCUGUAAAAUGUAUAUAUUCAGAUAUUUUAGUGUAACAAUGAAUCUUUGAAUAAAGACUUUGCCAAC